UUAAUUCAUUGUUCUCUGUAUGGUUAUUUGCAUGGAUAAGGAAUUUUAUGCUAUCAGAUAAAUGGAAAGGGUAUGUAAAUUGAUAAUAUUCAAGUUGAAUAUGAUGACCGGUGGCUUUAGAAUAUAGGUUUGUUAAGGAUUAGGUGUCAUGGUAACCAAAUAUAUUGAUUUUAGCUUUUUCUUCCAGUCUUGAUGGAGAAUUGGUCAGGGAUGAUGGAGAACAAUCAAGUAAGAGUACAGAGAUGCAAGAGUACAGACCUUUGGUACCAGAAAGUACACCAUUGGAGGCCCUCCCAGGGUUUGAUGUUGAAAGUGGACGCACAUGGAUUUAUCCUGUCAACUACCCACUUCGAUCAUACCAGUUUUCUAUUGUUGAAAAAGCAUUGUACAAUAAUACCCUGGUCUGCCUUCCCACUGGUUUGGGCAAGACCUUUAUUGCUGCAGUCUUGAUGUACAAUUUUUAUCGAUGGUAUCCAAGAAGCAAGAUUAUAUUUAUGGCCCCAACAAAGCCCCUCGUAGCCCAGCAGGUAGAAGCUUGUUUUAAUAUUGUAGGUAUGCCACAGGAAGAUACUUCUCAAAUGACAGGUUCAAUGGCACCAGCCUCGAGGAUACAGGAAUGGACUGAUAAAAGAGUCUUUUUCCUGACACCCCAAGUACUUACAAAUGACCUUUCACGCGGUGCAUGUCCUGCAGACCAAAUAAAGUGCCUGGUGUUGGAUGAAGCCCACCGUGCACUUGGAAAUCAUGCAUAUUGUCAGGUUGUACGGGCAUUAAGAGAACAACAGUGUAAUUUCCGUAUAUUAGCGUUAUCUGCCACACCAGGGACAGAUGUCAGAUCAGUACAACAGGUUAUUCAAAACCUCUUGAUAUCACACAUUGAGCUCCGAAGUGAAGAUAGCCCAGACAUUGCUGCUUAUAGCCACCAACGGCAUAUAGAAAAAGUUGUUGUACCUUUAGGAGCAGAACUAGCUAGUAUUCAAUCAAGAUAUCAGAAUGUAUUGCGAGUUUAUGUUAACAGGUUAAUAGACAUGAGGGUACUGUAUACUCGUGAUGAGACGACACUUUCAAAAUUUCAGAUAUUGAAGGCUCGUGAAGGCUUUCGUCAAAAUCCGCCAGACAACCUCCCUCGUGAUCGUUAUGGAGUUGCAGAGGGAAUGUUUGCCUUGUGCAUGACUCUGUAUCAUGCAUACGAACUUCUCCUCCAGCAUGGCAUCAGGUCUUUUUACAAUUUCCUGAAAGGAACUCUUGGAGGGGACAAGGGUCAUAGUAUGGCAAGAGGGGAACUGCAGCGUAACAGUGUCUUUCAGCGUCUCAUGGAGGACCUCUGCAAAAAGUAUGACUCGGGACAGCAGCAGAAUUCAACCAUGAAUAGCUCUGGAAUGUUUGCACAGAUUGGCAGUCCACAGUCAAAAGCAAAGUCAUCUACUCCAUACAUUGUAAGUCAUCCCAAAAUGGAAGAACUUCGCAAAAUUGUCAUAAAACACCACCAGAAGUUUCUUGAUGAAGGGAAGUCUACUCGAGUGAUGAUAUUCUCCCAGUACAGAGACAGUGUACUGGAGAUUACAGAGAUGUUACAGCACCAUUACCCUCUUGUUAAGGCUAUGAGCUUUGUUGGCCAAUCAACAGUAGCUCAUGGAGGAAGGGGUUUCACUCAAAAGGAACAGUUAAAGGUUGUGAGAGAGUUCAAAGAGGGAGGGUUUAACACUUUAACUUCAACCUGUGUAGGAGAAGAAGGCUUGGACAUUGGCGAAGUUGAUCUGAUCAUUUGCUAUGAUGCACCGAAGUCCCCAAUCCGUUUGGUGCAGAGAAUAGGUCGUACAGGGAGAAAGCGCGAAGGACGUAUCAUCAUCCUAGUAACAAAGGGGAAGGAGGAACAGAUGUAUAAUCAGAGUCAGUUACAGAAGAAAAACAUCAAUGCAGCUCUAUCAGAUGGAGAUAAACUGAAAAGGUUUCUCUUUCCGUCAAAUGUUCGCAUGGUGCCAAGAGGUAUAACACCUGUAUGUCACAAGCUCCACAUGAAGAUUGGCACGUGGAAGACCAAGACUGGCAAGGACCGAAAAUCUGACACAAGCUCAAAGUCACUCUCAGGCUCGCUCUUAGAGAGGACAAAUGUGUCGAAAAAGAAACAACAAGGUAAAGUUGGUAUGCUAAGCCAAGAGGAAUGGCAGUGGCUAAGAGACAAUUUGUGGGUUCCUGUGGCAGAGGUGAAGACUCUAGCAAAGCCAACAUUCAUGAGCUUGAAGAAACUAGACCAAGAAGUGAAGGAAGAAAUGUCCACCAUCAACUUUGGAGACUACCAACCCUGGCAGACCAUGUUACAGAAGACACAUGUACUUGGACACUCUAUGCAGUCACGGAAUCUGGUUCAGCUCACAGAAUUCAUUGACCUGCAGAUUAAUCUCGACCCAGAUGAUGACCCCUAUAGUCUUGAGAUGCAGGCCUUUCUUGAUAUGAGUUACAUAGAAGAUAAAGAGACAAAGAAAGCUAAGGCAGCAACAUCAAAGGAGGAGCUUCCAAAGAAGAAAUCCAAAAUAGCAAAAGGGGAGAAGAAAAAAAACAUGAAACCCAAACAAAGUAACCUCAUUACAGACAUGUUCAACAGCCAGAAAGCACGGAAAAAUGCAGAGGAAUUGAGGUCCCAAACCCACCAAGAUCUUGAAGACUUCGACAUCUUGUCUGAGAAACCAAAAGGAAAGGAAGAUGAUAGUGACAUAGAGAUUAUAGAGGAUGGUGUAAUGGAUGUCAAUGUGGAUCAGGCCAAUGGAGAUGAUUUGAUAACCUCCUCGUUUAGUAAAAGUAAAGAAAAUAACGCCAGAAGAAAAGACCUGAAUGAUCCAUCACGGAAUUGUGAAGAGGAUAUGGAAAUAGAAAAAAGGGACUCGAUGGAUUUUACAUCUGCUUACGAUAGUAUAUCUAAGCAGGUUGUGUCAAUGUUGUCCUUCAGAUCUGCGUCUCCACUCCACAUUAUGACACCUCCAUAUUCCAUUCCAAGUGACAAGGAAAUCGAUGAACCCUUAAGUCCUACAGAGGUCUUAUCUGAAGUAGAUAAGUGGAUGGAAAGUAGAAGGGUAAACAAAUGUCUGCAGUCUGAUAUAUCGGAGAUUGAAGAUGUGGAUAUAUCAAGGGAAGUGAAUCUUCUUAUAGCACAGACACAGGAAAUACAAGAGGCCAUGGUCAUACCAGACUCAGAUGAAAGGAAUGCUUACAGCCCAAUUCCUGGUUGUUCAAAAAUGCAUGAUGAUCAGCAGAAUAUUGGUACCAAAGAUAUGAUUACAGAGGAAAAUGCAAGUAAUACACCCGAAAAGGCUAGUGAAAGUGUAGCUGAAGAAGUGUCACCAAUAUUACCUUCAAAUUAUAGGAAACUUGUUAGACCCAAUUUGAAUCUUUAUUCGUCGACACCAAAACUAAAUGCAAAACGUCUGUUCAAGGUCACAACUCCAAAUCUAACUAGAAUAGAACAAGAGUGUUCAUUGUCUAGUGAAGCUGAGAAUAUAGAACCAUUACCAGGACAGAUAAGUACAGCCAAAAGUAUUUUAAGGAAAAAAUAUGAUGAUACUGUUAAUCCAAUACCCUCUGUUGUUACAGAACCAUCAGUAUUACUCAGUCAGAGAAGUAAAGUACGCUGUAAACUCAGUAAAUUCUCAGUUCAAGAUAAUGUGAAGUCAGAUAACGUAAAUGUAUCAGCAGAAUGUACCCAAGACCAGGUUUUAUUAAAUCAGGAUGGAUCCAGUUCUGACAAAAGUGUGAGAAGCAAUUUCUCUAAAUCCAUAGAGGACUCGGAAAUUCCACAAGCAUUCCACAAAGAUGGAACAAUCCAAAUUGAUGAAAGUGUCCAAAUUGAAAAAUUCAAAGCCAGUAGUAAUGGUAGAUUUGAUGCAAAUCUUAAUGAAAUACCAAAG